AUGACUCAUAUCAAUAGUCGUCUUCUUGAUGCUAGCGCAGAGCGUUUAAAUUCACUGACUCCUCUGCGUGGGUAUGCAGAAGAGCGUUUAGUGAAAUUAGUUGAUGCUGUUGUGCCAUUGCGCAAAUUGGUCCAUGAUAUUGACGCACGCGUCUGGACCGCUACGAACAGAUCAGAAAAUCCAACGGAUGAACUCACUCCGGAUGAAUCAGCCGCUAUCAUUUUAUAUACAAUCGAAUGGGAUCCUAGUCAUCCCAGUCUUUACUUUGUCUUAAAUGGAACACUUCGUUUAGAAGAUCGAAGAAAACUUGUUCCUUGGUUUUCUUAUUUAAAAUUACUUUUAACUGGCUUAUACAAGUUGCCAUCAAUCCGCUGUACGGUUUGGCGAGGGGUACGCGGUGAUUUACGCUCGCACUACAAGCUGGGCGCCAAAAUGACGUGGUGGGCAUUCAGUUCGUGUACGGCUUCAAUUAGCGUUCUCGAAAGCGAACAAUAUUUAGGCACAUCAGGCACACGCACUUUAUUUGUGAUUGAGUGCCUGAAUGGAAAAGAUAUCAAGCGGCAUUCAUACUUUGCACAGGAAGAAGAAAUACUGCUUCUUCCAUGUACACAUUUUCAAGUUAUUAGCCAUUUAAGCAGUAUGGAAAACUUGCACAUUAUUCACUUGCGUGAAAUUACACCCCCAUUUAUGUUGCUGGAACCACCUGAUGCUACGUUCCUAGGUGAGAAAAGCUUCAG